CCAGACUCUGCCCCUUAAAGUUGGGGACUGGCAGAAGCGGCACAGCAGUCCGGAGAAAGUGUGGCUCAUCUUAGAGCAGCUGCGGGUCCAGAGGAAAGUCAUAAGAAAGUGGGGGGGAGCGGGGUCAGGAGGAAGGAAGCAGGAUGUCCAGAACUCUGCUGCGGCCCGCCGGGCUCAGCCAGCUCCUACUGCUGUGGCUGCUGCUGCCCCACGCACCUGGGGCCGGGGUCGAGGCCAGGACCGUCCGGCCCGCGCCGCCCUGCCCCGCGGUCUGCGAGCCAAUGCGCUGCCCCCCGCUGCCCUCCUGCUCCGCGGGGACGGCGCCAGUGCUUGACCGCUGCGGCUGCUGCCGCGUCUGCGCCGCGGCCGAGGGCGAGGCUUGCGGCGCCGCGCUCCGCCGGCCGUGCGCCCCGGGGCUGCAGUGCCUCGCGCCGCCCGCACCGCGGCUCCUUGGCAGCAGCGGGCUCGGUACCUGCGGCUGCCCGGCGGCGGGGGCCGCGGUGUGCGGCAGCGACGGGCGCACGUACCCCAGCCUGUGCGCGCUCCGCGCCAGGAACCACGCUGCACGUCUCCGCGGCGGGCUCCCGGCGGUGCCGGUGCAUGAGGGGGACUGUGGGGAACCAGGGACCAGAAGCGCGGGCUGGCUCAGGAGCAAGUACAACUUCAUCGCAGAGGUGGUGGAGAAGGUGGCGCCGUCGGUGGUCCACUUACAGCUGUUCAGCAGGUCACCUCUCAGCAACAAGGAUGUCCCUGCGUCCAGUGCCUCUGGGUUCAUAGUGUCUGAGGAUGGGCUCAUUGUUACUAAUGCCCAUGUCCUCACCAACCGGCAUCGGAUCCAGGUAGAGCUCCAGAAUGGGGUCCAGUAUGAAGCCACUGUCAAAGACAUUGACCAUAAAUUGGAUCUUGCCUUGAUUAAGAUUGAGCCAAAGACUGACCUUCCUGUAUUGCUGCUGGGAAAGUCAUCUGACCUGCGAGCUGGCGAGUUCGUGGUGGCCUUGGGAAGCCCAUUUUCUCUGCAGAACACAGUGACUGCGGGAAUUGUCAGCACAACACAGCGAGGAGGCAAAGAGUUGGGGCUGAAGGAUUCAGACAUGGACUAUAUUCAGACUGAUGCCAUAAUUAACCAUGGGAAUUCCGGGGGGCCGCUGGUGAACCUGGAUGGCGACGUGAUUGGCAUAAAUACACUGAAGGUGACAGCAGGAAUCUCCUUUGCGAUUCCCUCUGAUCGUAUUCGACAGUUCUUGGCGGAAUUCCACGAGCGCCAGCUGAAAGGAAAGGCUCUUUCACAGAAGAAAUAUCUGGGUCUGCGCAUGCUGCCCCUCACUAUGAACCUUCUUCAAGAUAUGAAAAGGCAAGAUCCAGAUUUCCCUGAUGUGAGUUCUGGGGUUUUUGUAUAUGAGGUGAUUCAAGGAACAGCUGCUGAAAGCUCUGGGUUGAGAGACCACGAUAUAAUUGUCAGCAUAAAUGGACAGCCAAUCAGCACCACCACCGAUGUGAUUGAAGCCGUUAAGGCCAAUGAUUUCCUUUCCAUCCUGGUUCGUCGAAAGAGUCAAACUUUGAUCCUGACAGUCACACCUGAAAUAAUCGAUUAAGUGUCUUGAAAAAAAAAAAUGCAUGCUUUAAAACACACACACACACA